AUGGAAAGUGGCGACAAGCAAAGUGCUGUUAUUUGCAAGUUGUGCGGAGAGGCAUUCACCCUGCCUGAGGAUGACGUCGAUGGUAACCUCCCUCGUCUGCUUUUAUGUGCCCACAUCUACUGCACAUCCUGCCUGCUGUCCAUUCAAUCUGAUGGUGUCAUUAAAUGUCCAGAGUGUGAGGUUGAGUCGACCCUACCUGAAGGCGGGGUAUAUGGCCUGCAGGAUGAUAGCAGAAUCAUUGGCCUCAUCUACACUUCGAAAAUGAACAAGAUGAAAAGGUGUGAAAGACCAAGGAAUUACAAAAGGUUCAAUCGUUCACCAACCACAGGCACGAACGAGGAGUGGGAGCAGUCAGCUAAUAUCGAGAAGAUUGAGAGGGCGGUGGAUGAGGCGUUGGCCCGGGCUGCAGAAAAUCUUGCCCUUCUGGAACACAUCCAUGAGACGCUGGCGAAUGGUCUGGCCAAGCAGGUGAGGCAAGAGAGAGCUCGGCUGGAGAUGGAGAUCAUGCAAGCUGCAGACAAUGCUUUACAUGCUAUUCAAAAGUGGAAGGAUAUGCAGAUGAGUCAAUUGACCAAACUGGAGGCACGGUUCUCCACCAGCCACAUUGAGCUGUGCCGUGUCCAGGAGAGGAUGAAGGCCCUGGAGACAGCCAUGCAAAUGGCCAGGGAAGUACGCCGUGUCCCCUUCCUGGAGCAGUACUGCACCCUGGAUAAGGUUCUGGAGACGUUGCAGGCUCCUGUGGAUAACCAGUCCUUUGAUAUGAAGUGCAUCACCAUGGGCUCUGGAAUGAGCUGUGUUUUCCUGCCAGAAAGCCUGAGCACAGGUCUGGCCUUGUCUUUGAAGAUGGAAGCCAGCGACCCAAAGCAAAAGGCUCCCUGGCAAAGUGCAGAGGGCAGGAACAGAAACUUUACCUCAUCCAGUCCAAAAAAGCUGCCCAGCCCCAAAAAAACGGACCAGGAGAGUCCGAGAGCUAACAGGCCGUCGUCACGAAGCUUCUCUCCGAGCCCCAGACUUCGUCGCAGGUUCAGCCGUCCCCACCAAAGCCCGCCCUCAGAUCCUGGAACUCCAGAUGUAAUUGUUGAGGAGCUUUACGACGAGGGACGAGAGAAUGCUCCACCACCCACCGGCCCUGAGCUGGCCAAUGACAAGUGGAGAGUCCACAAGAGAAAGAAAAGUCAGCCGUCUGGCAGUAGCAGAAUCGGGAGGGAGAUCACCAAGUGGGUGGCGGUAUCCCACAUUGUGAAUCCAAGUCACUUCUACGUGCGCUACUUGAAUGAGGAAAAGGAAAGCGAGAGCCUGUCUGAGAUGAUCAACAACUUCUGCAGUGGAGAUAAUUGUUGCUUCAUUUCCAGUGACACAGUGGAGACCGACUCCACGAUCUUUGUUCAGAGAGAGGAGGGACUCUGGGAUCGAGCCACUGUGGAUGAAGUCAUACAGAGUGGAUGUGUGGAGUCUGUGAAGGCCUGCCCUGUCACACAGCUGGCCAGUAUCCAAGUCUUCCUCAUUGACCAUGGCAUCACCAAAAAACUCACCAUACAGAGUGACGAAGGAACAACAGAGUCUUCACUGAAGGCAGUGAACAACCACCUGAGGAAGGUGGGUGCGGCGGAGAAGGUGGAGCUGAGUCGCUUUGCUCCUCUGGCUAUCAGAUGUUCACUCAAGGACCUGGUCCCCUAUAAUCUAGCAACGGGCUGGAGUACAAAGGCACAGGUUGAAUUCCAGAGUGUGGUUGGCUCUGCAUCUGUGGAGUUGCGGAUUUUGGGCCAGGACAGAGACUCCCUAUUGGUGGACCUGAGGAAAGCUCCCGUGGACCAACUCAGUGAUGUGCCCAUCUCCGUCAGAGAGUACCUUGUUUUCAUUGAAGUGGCCAGGUUUUACUCUCCAGUGAAGUGGGGCAGGAGGCCCCUGCAGUACUACCCCCCAGAGUAUCCCAGGAUCAAGAAAGAGCUCAUUGCUGUGGUGUCGCACAUCAACGACCCGGCUGACUUCUACAUCAAGCUGGUUGAUAACAUGGAGGCCUUGUUGCUCUCAGCCAAGCUCCAGGAUUGUUACAGUGGGAAUAAUGAAGAUGGCCUCAAAAUCUACUGCCCUGUGUUAGAACAGGCCUGUGUCGCCCGUUUCGAGGACAAGUGGUACAGAGCUCAGGUCAUAGGUCAUCCAGGGGGCAGAAAAGUGGAGGUGCGGUAUGUUGACUUCGGCAAUAGUAAAAGCUUGUCAGUCGGAGACUUGAGGAAGAUUAAGGAUGAGUUCUUUGCCCUUCCCGCCAUGGCAAUCCAUUGCUGUUUGUCAGAUGUGACUCCCGUGAAUGGAAAGACCUGGAGUGAUGCCUGCACCGACAGAUUCAUCAGCCUGGCUGACCAGAAACUGGUCACUGUUGUGGCUACAGAAAGAGUCCCCAGGAGCGAACCUCUGCCAGUCAAGCUGUUCGAGAGCGGCCUGAACGGGCCACAAGCCAACAUAGCUGAGCUGCUGGUGAAAGAGGAGCUGGCUUCCUUCAAAAAGGGACUUAAGUCCAAGGACGCCAGGCCCUCUGCCAACGAUUCUGCGAUAUGGGACCCUCCAAUUGAGCUUGGUUUGGCCACAGAAAAUGUUGAUAACCCGGACCAAAAAACCCUCACGGAGCAGACUGAGGAGCAGCUGGAGUUUGAGCCUCAGCUGAAGUUACCCGAUCAACUCAAAGACCUGAAAGUCAGAGUCAGCCACGUCAACUCGCCAAGCAGCUUCUACAUCCAGCUCACGCAGUACGACUCUCAGCUCAAAAGGAUAUGUGAGCUGGUGAAGAAGGAGUGUGCACUCAUGGAGCGCCAGGAUGUGGUGUGGAAGGCGGACAUGUACUGUGCUGCUCUCAUUAAUGGGGUUUGGGAGAGAGGACAGAUCUGCUGUGAUGUCACAUCAAACAACAUUGCAGAGGUGAUGCGCUGUGACCAUGGCAACACGGUGAAGCUCGAAGUCAGCAACCUGCGGCCUCUGCCGUCCUCCUUGAGGGGCUCUCUGGCACUGGAGUGCACUCUCACCAACAUCAGGCCAGCAGGAGGCCGAUCCACCUGGACUGCGACAGCGUGUGAAUCGUUCUCCUACUACCUGACCGGAGCUUCAGCUGUUGUGACCAUCAAGGAGCUGACAGAUGAGCGUCCAGUGCCCGUCUUUCUGUUCUGCUCUAACAGGAUGGGACAGUUUGACAAUAUUGCAGACUUUCUGACCAGAGAGGGCCUCGCCCUCAAGGAAAGGAAGCAACGAGAUGCUGCCAUUGAAAAACCCAAAGAAACUGAAGCAGAGUCUCCAGUGAGCGAGGCACCAACUGAUGGCGAUACAAAAAACACUCAACCACCAACUCCUCCUCUCCUGCCUCUCCCCUCCCCAUCUCGCUUCACCCUGCCCAGUCCUCCAAAACCAGCCCCCCGCACCGUGAUGUCUGCUGAGAAGGUUAAUACUCCGCCUUACUGCCCUCCAGAGCUGCCGUGCCCUGGUCACAUCCAGAUAUGUGUUUCUGCCAUCGGAGAGGACGGUCUCAUUUACACCAGAACACAGAAUGCAGAGUGUCAGCUGGAGCAGCUGAGGGAGAGGAUUCAUCAGAGCAUAAAGACUUUGCCCAGACCGAGGCCCUACACCUGGAAGUCAGUCUUUGGCUGCGCCGUCAUCGGACCUGAUAUGUUGUGGUAUCGAGGACAGCUGCUGGAGGUGCUGGGAGGACACGUUAAGGUCCAAUAUGUGGACUACGGCCUGGUGGAGAACAUCCCAGUGGUCCAUGUGUACCCUAUGCUGCUGUGUGACGAUGUUCCUCAGCUCUGUAUGCCCUGCCAGCUGCACGGCAUCAACCCGAUUGGUGGGAGGUGGCAGUGGGAUGCGUUGGCCUUGCUGAGGGAGUUAUUGAUGAACCGCUGUGUGGACAUGCAAGUCAUGGAGCUGCCGACUGACCCGAGGGGACCCCUCAAAGUUGAGCUCUUUCUGGACGAGAUGAGCCUCAGCAGGAUUAUGUGUCACCACGAUCACGGCUCCAUGGACCCGACUGUCUCGGCACAGAAGGGACACGCUGUGAUGUCUCCCGCCCUCCUCCUGGACGACUGGGACAUGGACAUUGAGGAUCUGAAGAGUCCAGAGGAGCCGAUACUGGGGCCCUUUGUCUACCCAGAGCUGCCACAGGAGAGAGGGAAGUUUCCAGUCAGGGUGAAACACCUGCGGACCCCCAACGAGCUCUUCCUGUGGCCUUUGGAAGGAACAGCUGAUGUGGAGGUGGACGGAGAGACUCUGCAUGAGGCUCUGAGCAGAAUCAAUGAAGACAUCAACAGUCUGCCACGACUCACAAACUUUCGUCAUGGUAACAUUUCACUGCCUGUGCUGCGUCAGAUGCCGGCUGAGCUGUUGCAGUUUCCAUCGCGGGCUCUCAAGGUGAAAGUCGCCGGCUUUAAGGCUCCAAGUGUCAACAGGCAGGAAAGCGUGCUGCCCUACAGCCCCAGCUGGAGCGUGAAGGCUGUAGUGGACAUGAUCGACCUGUUACACAGCAACAUCACGGCCUCUGUUGUGGCUCAGGAACCAGAGCUCACGGUGCUGCUGUACAACGAGAACGAUGAGCUGGUCCAUCUGCCUCUGGUGAUCAGCGGACUGGCUGAGCUCGAGUGAAGCAGAGCGGAGACGGACUCCCAACCCACAUGUCUACUGGUGGACGUCAUGUUUUGUUAACAUCUUGAUUUGACUUUGACGUGCUGUUCUUAGUUUUCACAUGUUCUGGAGAAUUUGCAGUGGUUUUUGCUUUCACAGUGACACUGUAGAGCAGGGAUUUAUUUUCAGUUUUGCUGUUGUGUAAGUGAG